AUGCAGACCGAGUCCUCGAGUGUCAUCAUCGAAACAUCCCACAUCUCAGACAUCGAAAAGGGUAAGCGCCAAAGGAAGACCGGAUUCCCUUGGAAAGAAGAUGAAGAUCUUCGUCUGUUGAGCGCAGUCAAAUCUUUAGGGACUAAACAAUGGGUAGAAAUAGCUAAAUUGGUCGGCACACGUUCGAGAAAACAGUGUCGUGAAAGAUAUGUCAAUCACAUCAGUCCUUCUAUCGACAAACGACCAUUCUCGAGAAAAGAAGACGACGCCAUUUAUAACGGAUUUUAUUUACUUGGAAACAAGUGGAGUAAAAUCGCGAAGAACUUGGAAGGACGCACAGCACGCUCAAUUAGAAAUAGGUAUAAAGUGCUUGCAGUAAACCGAAAGUUGUCCUGCUUCUCUGUUUCAAAGAAAAGCACUUAUGAAAUAGUCACUGGAGGUAAUGUUUGGUAA